AUGAGCGUUGCAGUCUUCAUUCAGUGCUCAGAAGCUAAACAGGUUACUGAGUUAAAGAAGUUUCUGAAGAGCAACGGUGCUAAAGCUUUGGAUAGUGUCGAGUGUAAAGAUGCUAAUUGGCCUGAUGAGCUAAUGAAGUGUAUAAAAUAUCUUAAUAUAUGCUGGAAAGAUGAAACUGUUUUGGAAUCUGAUGCUAACGAUGUUCUGACAAGCGUUGCCUCAUUAUUUAUUCAGCUUCCACCCAAUAAACUGGUUGAAGCAGUCAACCUUUUGUGUGAAAAGUUGCUAGAUUUCACUGGUGAUAAUACACGGAGGCAUAAGAGCAAACUUUUUCCACUCAACCUACUAUUUUGCGGACUCAAUCCGAAAAGCCAUCCACGUUAUCAGAUUUAUCUCACAUUGAUAGAGUGUGCAGAAAAGCUAGGCGUUGUGAAUCAAGUGAUUACAGAUCCUAAGAAGGUUGCUUCUUGGCUCAACGAAUGCAACUGUUCAGUCGAUGAAUGCCAAAGAGUCUGGCAGAAACUGUACGAUGCACAUGUGGCGCUAGGUGAGAACAGAAGAGCUAUCGAGGCAAUGAUUUAUCUUCUUUCGACUUAUGACGAGACCACAGCCAUACAUGCCAGACAAAAUGCCAUAAAAUGUAUUAUAUCAGUGCUGCAAGACCCAUCACUGUUGUCCCAUGACCAGCUGUACACACUUAAACCUGUUCAGUAUCUAGAAGGGGAACCAGUCCACGAUUUCUUCAAGAUAUUUGUAUCGGGAGAUUUAAACACAUUCAGAAGUUUUCUGACUAAGCAUCCAAACUUCCUUGCGCAAAAUAACCUGACCGAAGAAGCCUGCAUCCACAAACUCCGUCUCUUAACGCUUAUGCAGUUAUCAGAGAAUAUUAAUGAGUUGAAUUACCACGAUGCUGCUGCCCAGUUGAAUCUUAAGAUUGAAGAGCUAGAACCGUUUAUAAUUGAAGCUGUGCGUCAAAGAGCCGUUGCGUGCAAACUUGACCAAGUUCAAAAAAAGAUUCUUAUCACUGGAGCAUUUCCACGUACAUUUGGUCGUCCUCAGUGGGUUAAUCUUCGUGAUACAUUGAUGCAAUGGAGAUCUCAUCUUGGUACAGUUCAGUCUAGUUUAAAUAUGAUGGUUCAAAAUGAAGCUUCAUGA